AUGUCACAACAAAAUCAAAAUUUACCCUCUUCGAAUUUACCUAAUGCACAACCGACCACAAACGCUGGCAAUACGAGCGAUCAGUUUUCGAGUUUUCAGCAAGCCUCACAAAACGCGUUACAAAAUCAACAGGAAAAUCAGCAGCGAACUCCGCAACAGCCUCCACAAUCCUUAUCGCAAGCGCCGGGAUCGCCGUUACCUCAAGCAACUACCACUUCCCAACAACCAUCAACGACUCCUCAGAUACAGCCGGCUUCCGCUGUUUCCGUGAAUAUAAGGCCAUCAUCAGUGGCUGCAAGGGGUGGUGGGAAGAAAAAACCUGGUGGUGUAAAUAAGAAGACGACAGGAGUUCGUCCCAAGCUAAUAACAACCGAGAAAAACGAGUUACCCCAAGCAUUGAGUAAAAUGGCUGAUGACUAUCUUAAUCAGGUCAACCAAUAUGGAAAAGAUACCCCGGAGGGUCAAGUAGCCUAUAAGAAUUAUAUAGAUACGAUUCAAGCUUUGCAACAGCAUCAAAGGAAUAAUCAACUGGGUAAUUUUCAGUUUACUCCGGCAACGAACCAACAAACCACACCACCAGCAUCAACCCCUUCUCCCCAUCAAAUGCCUCGAAUGAUUUCUUCGGCGGGGCCGUCACCUUUGGCUUCACAGCAACCGAGGGUUUUAGUGUAUCCAGAAUAUAGUAAUAUACAAAAUAUUCAACAAUUAAGAAACGAAAUGAACAAGAUCACAAACUUAUUAUCAUCAAAGGACACCACCAAUAAAACGGAUUUAAUGAAUCGGUUUAAUACAUUGACUCAAUUAUCUAGCGUAAAAUUUGGAACUAAUUCAAAUACUGGAUCCAUGCAGCACAUGUCACCUCAAUCGCCUUACAAUUCGCCUAGAAGUUACCUGGGAACGCAAGGCAAUGAUUAUAAUCGAAUUGCAACUGCGUCUUCUCAAUCACCCUCUUCACCUCUUUCGAAUUCUACCGGUGUUUCCUCGAGUCAUGUGCAAGACGGUUCCAUCAUAACAUCACCUCCCCAGCAACAACAACAAAUUUCGCACCAAGUGAUGCAACAACAACUCCAACAACUUCACAAUAAUCCCCAAUCGCCGAGUUCACAGCAACCACCACAAUCUCCUCUGUCACAAACUUUACCUCCAUCCCCCCGAACACAACCGCCACCAUCUCAACCGCCUCAAUCACAACCACCCCG